CCUCGCAGAAGACGGAGCAGCUUCUAAGAGCGGCGGUUACCGAGAACGACCUGAAACUGAGACAAAGUGAAAGUUCAAGACACUUGGGUCUCCAAAUCUGCGCUAACACUGAAUCCCGGGCAUCCACGUUCAAGUUGAGGAUUGUGGACCCUUUAAAGACGCUUUUUUGCGAACGACCUGAACCUGUUGAAGCAUUUAAGGCGCACGAAGAAAGAAACUGGUAAACCGUGGGAUCUAGUCAUGUCUCGCAGAAGAAGCCGCAGCCCAUCACAGGGGCGAUUUUCACGCACCUGCAGCAGUAAUGAUCCACGAGAUUUGGAGAGAAGAAUUUUUGUUGGGAAUUUGCCAACUUCUGACAUGUCAAAUAAGGAUUUGGAAGAGCUGUUCAGCCCACACGGGGAGAUAGUCGGCGUAUCCUUGUUUCGAGGGUAUGGAUUUGUACAAUUUGAGCGCGUUGAGGAAGCUGAAGCUGCAAAGGCGGCCCAAAAGGGCAGAAUAUAUAAAGGUUACAAAAUAGAUGUAAAUAUGGCAGUGGAGCGACGGCAAGCUAAACCUCAAUCCCAGCAGAGUCCACCACGAAGGGCCCCGUACAACAAAGAGCCCCGACCCCGGUCCCGUUCACCUGUUUAUGUGCGUGAUGCGCGGGAUGGUCGUGACGCUCGUGAUGCCCGUGACGGGCGGGAUGGGCGCGAGCCUCGGGACAGCCGUGAUGGAAGGGACCCCGUUCGAGAGCCGAGGCCGAGUAGCCACUCUCGAGAGCCUGAAUAUCGAUACCGCAGCUCCACCAGUAGAGACAAGGACAUCAGAAGCGAUCCACGAGAGCCUGCAUACCGCAGAGAGGAAUUUGACCGAUACUACCGCAGUGGCAGCAGCGCAGAAGACUAUUACAGGAGGAAGGAUGAACCGUACAGAGAGGCUUACGCGGAUCCCUGGAACGGACGCCGCGAGCAACCCGCCGUAGAUGAUCGUACUCGUCCAGAAGAGCGUCGUCGCAAUGAGCUGUAUCGACAGUACUAUGAAGAACUCCAGCGGCGCUACGACACCGACCGUCCCGUUGACUGCUCAGUGAUCGUCGUCAACAAGGCACAGAAUAGGGAGUACGCUGAGACGGUCGGGCGAAAGGUGCGUGACCUGGGAAUGGUGGUGGAUCUGAUCUUCCUCAACACAGAAGUGUCUCUCACCCAAGCACUGGAGGAUGUGGGCAGGGCGCGCACUCCCUUCGCCAUCAUCAUUACCCAACAGCACCAGGUGCACCGCUCCUGCACCGUCAACAUCCUGUUUGGCACACCUCAAGAGCAUCGAAACAUGCCAAUGCAGGAUGCCAUGAUGUUGGUUGCCCAUAACUACGAUACCUACAAAGUUGAAAACCGAGAAAAAGAACGUGAGGAAAUCGCAAGAAAAGCUGCCAAGAUGGCGGAUGACGUGUUGCUCAGGGAGCCCGACAGAGAGAGCCACCCCACAUCUGUGCUCACGUCUGUCACCCUGCUGUCAGAAAACAGGUUUUUAACCCCGGAGGAACUGGACAGCCUCAUUGUGUACUUGAAGGACAAGCGAACGCGGCUUGUACGAAGCGCAGGAGACCCACUGGCAGCUGCAGGUCACGUGGGAGCUCCUGCAGGAGUCCCGUCCGCCGCCGGACUCCCUCCUUCACAUGCUUCCCAUCCUCCACACGCUUCCCACCCUUCACACGCUCCACACCCGGCCGCGUCCACCCACACCCCCCUGCAGCCGGGUCACCACAGCAUGUCCGCCGGCUCCAGCGCUUCCGCCAACCCCAGUCACCAGCAGGAGCUGCAGGCUAAAAUCCUCAGUCUGUUCAACAGCGGCUCGGGGCCUUUGACCGGCACGACCGGCACCCCUCAGUCCCACCAGUACAGCUCCCUGGGCCCGUCUUCCUCCCAAACCCCCACCCACGCAGCCAUGCCCGGCCCCGGCCCCGCCCCCGCCGGCUCUCAGCCGUACGGGACCCCGCCGGGCCGCCUGUCCGGCCCUCCCAGCGGCCAGAGGCCUCCCGUGUCCACGUCGGGUAUUAAUUUUGACAACCCGAGUGUCCAGAAAGCGCUGGACACGCUGAUUCAGAGUGGACCGUCUCUCAACAGCCUGGUGGGUCCUGGAGCGUCCCAGCAGCCGGCGCCCCGGCCGGCGGCCAGCAUGGCCCAGCCGCCCAUGUCCAUGUACCCCCGACACUACUGACCGCAGUGACCCGGCCCCCAUUCAUCCAAGUGUGUAUCAGUAGACUGUAACGGUGUUUAGCAAACUGUUUUAUUUUAUCCUCAGUAUUGUGUUGUUAAAAUUGGACGACUUAUUCAGACUAUUGACCUUGUCUGUACUUUCAAUUAUUUGCCUGAAUAAUUUUAUUCAGUCUUUUUACAAGCGAGUUAAUAGUGAGGAUACGAAGUAUGUUUUGGUUUUUGAUGGAAGUGUUUCUUUUACCAUUCAUGAUAUUUUUUUUUUUUUUUUUUUUUUAAAUAGUUUUGCACAUUGUGUAAUUUGUAUUUUUGUUUUCAUUGUCAAAGCAAGACAUGAUUAAAAACUACAGACACAGUUGCUGUAAUAAAAUGGUA